AUGUUAACUACGAAGCAGGUGCCAACCGAGGAUUCCAGGCUUCGGGAGACCACCUUCCUACUGCUCCUCAACCUCAUUCCGCCUCUAGACCCGCAGCAACUUCCUUUGCUUCUCACACUCCUUCCCUCAAGUCUGGCCCUGCCGCCUCCACCUUCUCUCGUCCUUCAAGUCACAGCUAUUCCGACUCGGACUCCCACUCACUCCCGAGCAGAGUCUGGCGACGCAGAUAACAAUGUUGACGGCAACUUCGCCUUUGUAGCAGAUGACGGCCAAUCAAGAGCUAUCAGCUAUGAAGCUGGAUCUGAUACGGGAUUCAUUGCUGAAGGAGCUCACAUUCCCGUAGGACCUGAGGUUCCCGGGGCACCAUCCGACACCAACGCUGAUGCCUCCUACAGCUUCGCCUUCGACUCGGACCAAUACUCUCGCUCAGAGUCAGCCGACGCCGACGGGAACGUCCAGGGAACUUACACGCUGCUCGACGACCAAGGAACACGCCGCACUUACCGUUUCCGCGCCGGAAAAGGUGUAGGAUUCGAGAAGGAACAAGUCUCCGCGUCUCGUGGUGCUUCGCCCUUCCGCUCCUCGUCCCCUUCCUCCUCAGCUCCAACAUUACACUCGCCCUCAAGCCCUUCCACUUACACCGCUAGUACUGCGUCGUCCCCGAGAUAUCCUUCUGCUGCUGCCUCCACGUCCUCUUCGUCCGCCGGAGGAUUCAGGUCAACCUCCGGACCAGGAUUCCAGCUGCGUCAGUACGACGCCACCAAGAACCCACACAAGGUCGGUUACGUCCUCACCUUCGACAACUGA